AUGCCUCCAGCUACGAGGAAGAGAAAGUUUAGUGAAGAGAAAGAGGGAGAGGGUAAGGAUAAGGGAGGACAUAGUGGUGCGCAGAAAUAUUACGCAGUUAGGAAGGGGAAGAAAACGGGCGUGUUUACUGAUUGGGAGGAUUAUAAAUCUUUUUCGACACAAUCAGACGCAGAAGCAUUUGUAGCUGGAAAAAAUCCGGCGAAACCUUCAAAGGGAGAUAAAUUUUAUGCUGUGGCUGUGGGACAUGAAACGGGGGUUUAUGAGGAGUGGGCAGAUGCGAAAAAGCAAAUUGAUGGGGUCAAAGGGCCAAAAUAUAAGAAGUUUGCUACGAGAGAGGAGGCAGAGGAGUUCGUGAGAGAUGGUGGGAAGGCCAACAAGAAGGUCAAGACGGGGGCGGGAAAGGAGGAGAGUGCGAAGAAGGUGGUGAAAGGGAAGGACAAGGUUACGGUGGAGGAGAAAGCGCAGGAAUUCAUUAAAGGAGACGCUGUCAAGGUCUGGACGGAUGGUAGUAGUAGGGGCAAUGGAAAGGUUGGGGCUGUGGCUGGAUAUGGAGUUUUCUUUGGAGACGGUGAUGAAAGAAACAUCUCGGCUCCCCUAGAAGGCACCCUUCAAACUAACCAACGCGCCGAACUCACAGCCGCUCUCCGCGCCCUCGAGAUUGUACCAUUAGAUAAGAGCAUCGAGAUUAUCACAGACAGCAAUUACACAAUAAAUUGUGCGACGGUAUGGUACAAGAAUUGGGAGAAAAAUGGUUGGAAAACUAGUACUGGAAAAGCAGUCAUGAAUGAAGACUUGGUGAAGCAGAUUAGGGCGCUUAUUGACAAGAGAACGAAAACUAAGGCUCAGACUAAUAUGACGUGGGUUAAAGGGCAUGAUGAGAAUCCGGGGAAUGUGGCGGCGGAUAGGUUGGCUGUUAAGGGGGCAAUGGAGAAGAACAGGUGA